GCAAUAACAGAUGGAUUAAUUUUAAUGUUAUGUGUAACUUAAAUUUUCUAUUGAAUUCAGUUUCAGCUUUCAAGCUACUGAACCUGCCUCGAUACCGUCACCAUUUCCAGUGCAGUAAUUUUUUCCUGUAAUAGUUACUGCAAGCGCAGAUCACUGCACCGCUGCAAUGCGGUUUUACGUGCGUUGAACUUGUGGGCGUCGUAGCUCGCGGAAACUUUGGUUAAAUCGACUCAGUCACAUUCCAAUUACCUCCGGCAACGAACUGGAAUCUUCUAAAAAUUAAGGGGAAGAAGAACACGUUUUCGCCCGAUACUUCUUUUCGUUCCAGGACACGAUCGUUAUGAAUAUUUAUACAUGUUGGAGUUUUUUGUAAUCGGUCUUCGCGUUUACGUUAAAAGCCUCCACUAACCGGUAUUGUUAUCCCCAAACCUAAUUCUAUUACCAUACAAUCCAAAGCUUUUAACUGCGUAGAGAAUCUACUAGCAAAGGCAGUUUCUUCGUAGAGCAUUCUGGAAUGUAACAUAUAGCUUGAAUCGGUAGAUGUGUACAGGUACAUAGAUUGUUACUUCAUUUUGACAUAGUCGGAUUUUCUACAGGUCCAAUUUUGGCAGCUCGUGCAAAGUGUCAUGCCACUUGUAGCGUGUAAUUAGAAGACUUUAAACAUGUGGUUGACAACUGCGGAAGCUGCUAGUCUCGGUGCUGAGGAAGUAGCAGCCCGAUUAUCCGUUGACACGAGAACGGGACUAUGGUGGCAAGAAGCGGAGCAACGUAGGCAUCUAGUAGGAUAUAAUGAACUCACUGUUAAAGAAGAAGAGCCAACAUGGAAGAAAUACAUAGAGCAGUUUAAGAACCCAUUGAUUCUUUUGCUGCUUGGCUCUGCGUUAGUCAGUGUCUGCAUGAGACAAUUUGAUGAUGCUGUCAGUAUUACAGUGGCUAUAAUGAUAGUGGUAACAGUGGCAUUUGUACAAGAAUAUCGUUCGGAGAAAUCCUUAGAGGAACUCACUAAACUAGUUCCACCAGCUUGUCAUUGUUUGAGGGAGGGUCACAUAGAGACUUUUCUAGCACGAAAUUUAGUUCCUGGUGACGUGGUAUAUUUAAAUGUUGGGGACAGAGUUCCAGCAGAUAUUAGAUUAUUUGAGGCUAUUGAUCUGGCAAUUGACGAAAGUAGCUUCACGGGGGAGACCGAACCUGCUCAGAAAUCUGUGUCUCCUUUGUUAAAAACUAAUGGCCAUAGUUCUAAGAGAAAUAUAGCAUUUAUGGGUACAUUGGUGCGUUGCGGCAAUGGCAAAGGAAUCGUGGUAAAUACUGGCGAGAAGAGUGAGUUUGGAGAAGUUUUCGUCAUGAUGCAAUCCGAAGAGGCUCCAAAGACACCUCUUCAAAGAAGCAUGGACAUUUUGGGCACUCAGCUGUCUUUUUACUCUUUUUGCAUUAUCGGAGUUAUAAUGCUCUUAGGAUGGCUCCAAGGCAAAGCACUGCUCGAGAUGUUCACAAUCGGAGUCAGUUUAGCCGUAGCAGCAAUUCCUGAAGGAUUACCUAUCGUAGUUACAGUCACCUUGGCUUUGGGUGUCAUGAGAAUGGCAAAAAGGAAUGCCAUUGUCAAGAAAUUGCCAACUGUCGAGACUCUAGGUUGCGUCAGUGUCAUAUGCUCGGACAAGACCGGCACCAUCACGAAAAAUGAGAUGACAGUGACAGUAAUCGUAACUUCCGAGGGUUAUGCAGCUGACGUUACUGGUACCGGAUACAACGAUAAGGGAGAGAUUCGCAUUUAUAAAUGUGACAACGUCGAUAUUGCUCGUGUUGCCAUUACAAACUUAUUAGAAGCAGGCUGCAUUUGCAACAAUGCCAUCAUACAAAAUGACACGUUACUGGGUCAACCAACGGAAGGUGCACUGAUAGCUGCAGCCAUGAAGAAUGGCAUGUAUGGUGUUUCGGAGAAGUACCUCAGGCUUCAAGAAUAUCCCUUCUCCUCGGAGCAGAAGAUGAUGGCUGUGAAAAGCAUUCCCAAGUACGGUGAGAAUCGACAAGAGAUGUUCUUCGUGAAAGGCGCUCUGGAGAAGAUACUACCGCAGUGUACGAAGUACUCGAUGAAUGGCCAGCUGUACCCCCUGAACCAGAAGAAGGACCAGGAAUUCCUAGCGGAGGGCUACGAAGUUGGACAGAAGGGCUUAAGAGUGAUCGGCUUGGCUCGGGGUUGUUCGCUCCAGGACCUCGUUUAUCUUGGUUUCGUUGGCAUUUGCGACCCACCUAGGCCCCACGUCCGCCAAGCGAUCACCACCCUCGUCAACAGCGGAGUCAAGGUCAAGAUGGUUACCGGAGACGCAAAAGAAACUGCCGCUUCCGUUGCGAACAUGAUCGGGCUAGAUACAAUUCACACAGACUUGAUGUCCGGGGACGAGAUCGAUGCCAUAACUGAGCACAGACUCGAAGAAGUUGUUGGGAAUGUCAGCGUUUUCUACAGAGUCACGCCGAAGCAUAAAUUGUGCAUCGUGAAGGCCUUGCAGAAAAAUGGCUACAUCGUGGGCAUGACCGGCGACGGCGUCAACGACGGCGUGGCCUUGAAAAAGGCGGAUAUCGGCAUAGCGAUGGGGAAGAACGGCACGGAUGUCUGCAAAGAGGCAGCAGACAUGAUCCUCGUCGACGACGACUUCCAAACGAUCAUUGCGGCGAUCGAAGAAGGCAAGGGCAUCUUCCACAACAUCCGUAACUUCGUCAGGUUCCAACUGAGCACGAGUAUCGCUGCCCUCUCGCUGAUUGCCUUGGCUACCUUGAUGGGAAUUCCUAAUCCACUAAAUGCCAUGCAGAUCCUUUGGAUCAACAUCAUCAUGGACGGGCCCCCCGCGCAAAGUUUGGGAGUAGAACCAGUCGAUAAGGAUGUCUUGAACCAAAAGCCACGCAACGUGAAAGAGCCAAUGAUCACGGGCCACCUCGUAAUAAAUGUACUGUUGUCGGCUCUCAUUAUUAUUUUAGGCACAUUGUGGGUGUACAAUCGUGAGAUGACUUCAGGGGGCAUUACCGCAAGGGACACGACAAUGACGUUUACUUGCUUCGUCUUCUUCGACAUGUUUAAUGCACUUAGCUGUCGAUCACAGACAAAGUCUAUAUUCACGAUCGGGCUGAUAAGUAACAAAAUGUUUCUAAUAGCCGUGACCCUGUCGGUUAUCGGUCAAAUGUUAGUCAUUUAUUUUCCCCCGCUACAAAAGGUAUUCCAAACGGAAGCGCUGACCAUCAAAGAUCUUGCCUUUUUGGUGGGCCUGACGUCUAGUGUGUUUAUAAUAAGUGAAAUAAAAAAAUGGGUGGAACGGCAAAUGGAGAGAAGGCGGAGUAGCGGAUUACACUACACAAAGUCCGAUUUAAAUUUCGUAUGAUGAAUGCACGAACACUCAUCCCUCGGUAGUACUAUGUGAAAAAUCAAUUACGGUUCUAAAGUGCUUCAUGUAUUCCUCGUUUAUCUCUUCGGACGACCAAGCUAUGAGAGCCGGGGAACAAAAGACUCGAUUUCCCGGUUACCGCGAAUCGACCAUCUUCAAAGUGACUUACGGUGCUCAUCUAAGAUUUUUAAUGAGGACAUCCUCGGCGGAAUCGUCGCGAGAUUCUUCGUCACGUUUUGUGCAGUGCCGUCGUGGGGAGAAGUUCUACUUAACUUGGAAAAAGAGACCCACUUUGCUUGUCGAAAAUCAAACCUGACGGCAACCACGUGAGAAAGUGCAGUUUAUAAGUAUUUAUACUUUGUUUUACCUAUCUUCUAUACGAAGUUUCCUACGUGUUUAUAAACACUUUUGACCACUCGAUGUCGCAAUAAACUAGAACUACGGAAA